CGUUGGUUCCGGAGGGCGCGGGGCUUCUAGUGGCCACCGGCGCGAGGAGUGCUGGCCCGAGGCGGGGCAGCAGGGCCUCCGCCAUGCCCGGGAUGGUGCUCUUCGGUCGGCGCUGGGCCAUCGCCAGCGACGACCUGGUCUUCCCGGGGUUCUUCGAGCUGUCCUUGCGAGUGGUGUGGUGGAUUGGCAUUUUGACUUUGUACCUCCUGCACAGAGGCAAGCUGGACUGUGCCGGCGGGGCCCUGCUCAGCAGUUACAUGAUUGUCCUCCUCGUUCUUCUAGCAGUUAUUAUAUGUACCCUGUCAGCCAUCGUAUGUGUCAGCAUGAAAGGAACCAUUUGUAAUCCUGGUCCCCGGAAGUCUAUGCCUAAGCUGCUUUAUAUCCGCCUGGCGCUCUUUCUGCCAGAGAUGGUCUGGGCUUCGCUGGGGGCUGCCUGGAUAACAGAUGACAUUCAGUGCGACAGGACCGUUGUGAACGGCAUCAUUGCCACCGUCAUUGUCAGCUGGAUCAUCAUCGUCUCCACUGUGGUUACCAUUAUCAUCGUCUUUGACCCGCUGGGGGGGAAGAUGGCCCCAUACUCUUCCGCUGGCCCCGGCCACCUGGAUAGUCCCGAGUCGAGCCAGCUACUUAACGGCCUCAGGACGGCAGCUGCCAGCGUGUGGGAGACCAGGGUCAAGUUGCUGUGCUGCUGCAUCGGGAAAGACGACCAUACUCGGGUUGCUUUUUCGAGUACGGCAGAGCUUUUCUCAACCUACUUUUCAGACACAGACCUGGUGCCCAGCGACAUUGCAGCAGGCCUCACCCUUCUCCAUCAGCAGCAGGACAGUAUCAGGAACAGCCAGGAGCCUGACGAGGUCGUCACCCAUUCCCCGGGGCUCCCCCAGGAAGCUGAUUUAGAUGCAGAGUUAGAAAAUUGCCAUCAUUACAUGCAGUUUGCAGCCGCUGCCUACGGGUGGCCCCUGUACAUUUACCGAAACCCCUUCACAGGACUGUGCAAGAUCGGUGGUGACUGUUGUAGAACCAGGACAGCAGAAUAUGACUUGGUUGGAGGUGAUCAGCUCAGCUGUCAUUUUGGCUCCAUCCUGCAGACAACAGGGCUGCAGUACAGGGACUUCAUUCACAUAAGCUUUCAUGACAAGGUCUAUGAGCUUCCCUUUAUAGUGGCUCUGGACCACAGGAAGGAGUCUGUCGUGGUGGCCGUGAGAGGAACCAUGUCUCUUCAGGACAUCCUCACAGACCUGUCAGCGGAGAGCGAGAGCCUGAACUUGGAGUGCGGGGUGCAAGAGUGUUCGGCGCACAAGGGCAUUUCUCAGGCCGCCAGAUACGUGUACCAGCGCCUUGUCAACGAUGGGAUCCUGAGCCAGGCGUUUAGCAUCGCACCGGAGUACCGGCUGGUGGUGGUGGGACACAGCCUGGGUGCCGGCGCCGCAGCCCUGCUGGCCAUCAUGCUCAGGAGCUCGUACCCCCAGGUCCGAUGCUUCGCCUUCUCCCCGCCCAGGGGGCUGCUCAGCAAAUCCCUUUAUGAAUACUCUAAGACCUUCAUUGUGUCUCUUGUGCUAGGCAAGGAUGUCAUCCCCAGGUUAAGUGUGACCAACUUGGAAGAUUUGAAGAAGAGAAUCUUGCGAGUGAUUGCGCACUGUAACAAGCCCAAGUACAAGAUCCUGCUGCGCGGGUGCCGGUAUGAGCUGUUCGGAGGAAACCCGGACAAUUUUCCGACGGAGCUGGACGGGGGCGCCCAGGGACACCUGACGCAGCCGCUUCUGGGGGAGCAGAGCCUGCUGACGCACGGGUCCCCAACGUACAGCUUCUCCAGCGACUCCCCCUUGGAGUCCCCCACCAAGUACCCCCCACUCUACCCUCCAGGCAGGAUCAUCCACCUGGAGGAAGAAGGCACCUCAGGGAGGUUUUGCCGCGCCGCUGCUCAGUAUAGCGCAAGGUGGGCACAUGAGUCACAGUUCAGCAAGAUCCUCAUCGGCCCAAAGAUGUUGACAGACCACAUGCCCGACGUCCUGGUGAAAGCCUUGGACAGCGUGGUGUCUGACAGGGCUGCCUACGUCUUCUGUCCCCCUGGAGGCGGCUCUAAUGUGGACAUGGUGUGAUGAGAGCCGCCGCUUACGUUUCUUCUUCCGCGGACAGUCGCAGAGUAGGUUCGGGAGGCCAGUACCUUGGAUGCCCGCCGAUAGGAAUUCGACAGGUACUGGACUUGGUGGUCUUCAUCUUCACUCAGGUGAAUCCCUGAGUAAUUUGGGAAAUCACUUUGGUCACUUUGAUCACAGUAUUAGCAAGAUCAGGUGUCAGGAGAGAACAUGGAGAUGACGGGACUAGUGUAGGAAGCUUCAGGAAGCUCCAGGGCAGUUCCCUGCUGCUCUCAGAACUGUCCCAGCAAACAGUGUGGUCCAUGGCCGGGUUUGAGGCCCGAAUAGAUCUGUGGACUCUCGCCCCGCGCCCCACCUUUCUCCACUGCGAGCUCUCGUCUUAACACUGUUUAGGGGUCUGAACCCAGCAUACAGACAUGCAGUUUAUUUUGCAAACUGGAUUGUCCUGCUACACAGACUUCGCGCUUCAUUGUGAGGGUGCAGAUGGGUUUUCUUCCGGGUGGGCCUACGCGCCAGUGCCGAGGUUGGGCUGGGAGAUGGGGGCGCCUGCUCUUCAGUGCUCCGGCCUCCCUAACAUCAUGCCGACUGCUUCGUGUGCACGUAUCAUUCUGGCUUUUGGAGGUCAGCUAGGAGGCUCCGAGGGAGUUUCUAAUAAAGCACUUACACAUGUC